AUGCUGGGGAAUCGCAAAUGCUCUGGGCUUUGCACUCAACAGUCUUCUACUAGACCCGAUUGCACAAAGUUCUACAGGAUAACCUCGGGAAAUUACUGUUAUACGAUCUGGACUGAAAAUGGAUUAUCCGAAAGACAGUUGCUGGAGAUUAACCCUAAUCUCGACUGUAACAAAAUUGCAAUCGGUCCGCAAAUUUGUGUCAGUUUCGAUCCAACUUUGAGUACUCCGAAACCAGAGACUACAAAGGCUGCAACUUCCAUAAACUCAACGGAACGAUCUUCAGAAACCUCCGACCAUCCGGCCCUUCCACUGGUUGAAUCUCCUGUCAAAUGUGAUGAGUACACCACAAUCAAAACCGGAGAUACCUGUUUUCAAGUCGCCAAAGAGUUUCAUUUGUCACUACAAGAACUGCAGAACCAGUACAACUGUGAUAACCUAAACAUAGGAGAUACACUGUGUGUGUCGGAAAAAUACACUUGCCAACACCGGUAUCUGAUUCAAAGCUCGGAUACUUGUCAUUCAAUUGGGAAAGCUUUCAAACUGGAUCCUCUGGAAAUUGAGGAAAUGAAUCAAGAUUUGAAGUGUACAUCUUGUUUGGAAAUCGCUCGCCGGUAUUCCAUAACCGUCGAUGAAUUACAAUUCCUGAAUUCUGUCAUUCCAUGUGACAAACCACUAGCCAGACAUACUGAAAUAUACGUUUCAGGAGAAAGCACUAUUCAAAAUUGUGCCUCAAUUCAACAUGUGCCUUUCAACAGAACAUGUUCUUAUGUCAGUCAGCAAUUUUCAAUGAGUAUUCCUCUGAUGCUUAACUUGAAUCCAACACUAAACUGCGAAAAAUUGAACAUAACGGAACAAGUUUGUAUCGGAGUGGGAACAUUCAAGACUUCGAACUGCACGGACUACAUGAGAAUCAUACCCGGAUCGGACACUUGUCAAAAGAUACUGAACGAAACUCAAUUGUCAAUAAAUCAACUACAGAAUCUGAAUCCUAUAUUAGAUUGUCGAGAGAGUCUCAAAUUAAACAGUCUCGUGUGUAUUGGUAAUCUUGGAAUGGAUACUCGAACCGCUCAAGAAGCGGUGGUGACAAGUUUGAAUUCAUUAGUGCCAGGGCUGAUGGAACAUUUUCAAAAGUUUCAAAACGACCCGUCUGAAGCAAAUUCUAAUGCUUUGAAUCAACUGUUAACGUCUUCCAUUCAGAGACCAGAAGUGAAUAGUAAACUUAAGACGUUAUAUAAAACGAAUAUAAUCAUUCGAAGAGCUUUUGACAGUCAGCAUCCACUGCUACGACAGGAAUAUUGUAAUAAAGUGAUGAAGACUUUGACUUCACAGGUCAUAAAAUCUUGCUUCUGUGAAGACGAAGAACUCCUGAUUUACUGUCAAACGUUAGCAGUUCAAAGAUACCAGGACAACGAUAGAAGGUUAUCAGAAAACGAGAACUGGCAAAGAUCAAAACGUGCAAUAGGCUGUCAAUUCAUCACCCCGUAUUCCGGAAAAUCGAUUCUCGACUUAAUGACCAGUGCCAACAAGCAAUGUUGGGGAGGCGGGUGUUCUAUUCCUGUUGGCUUCUUCGAAGCAAACAUGGAUGCAAAAGAAGUUCGUGUAUGCUAUGGUAACAGCGAUGGCUGUGACAAUGCUGAUCCAAAUAAUGCUAAAGCAAUGAAGUACAUUGCAGAAAGAAGUGUGGAUUCUAGCCUGAAACUAUGUGCAAUCGGAUCUGAACUGAUAAAGAAGCUUUUAGCAGCUGAUGCCGGAUUAUGCUUUGAAAUUGUGUCCGUCAACUAUUAUGGACUCGUCGGAAAGUUGAAUGUGGGAUCAUCAUUGAAUUUGAUUGCUUUCAAAUUGUCUGGUGGAGCGACUAUUAAAGUACACGAUCUGGCAUUCCCAAAUAUGUGUGAAGAUACAGAUACCGAGUGUGAGGACUGCUGUAAAUGGAGAGAUUGGCCGAAUGGGAAAUCUUAUGGACAUAUAGAAGAAAGACUUUUAGCGGUUUUCGGAUGGGAUGGAAUCAAAGCGUUUGAUGAGAAGUUCAAUCAACCGAGCAAGUUGGGAUGUGAAGUUGGAGAGAAAGCGGCGGUGAUAUUGAGAAAUGAUAGGACCCUUGUUAUUGGGAGCUCAUGGAGCAGGAAAGAGGCUUCUCGUUCAAACCUCACAUCUUUGGAAGAACUGUAUUCACUUGUGAGAUCGUGGAUCGAAACAUGGAUUAUCUUGAUGGCAAACUUGGAUUUGAUGUUUAUGGUGGAAAGUCUAAAAAUCAAGGAAAAAAGAAUUUCUACUAUGUUGCCAAAAAUGAUGGAAUGUAUUUUGGAACGGAGAAGUAUAAAGAGGAUACGCUGGUCCAGUCAUGGAAGAAUCCUUGUGAAGAAGCAAAACAACCAGAAAACACUAACAAUGGAGAAGGAGAAGCUGAACCUACCGGACAUAAAGGCACGAUCAGCAAAUUCUGGUGUCCGAAUUAUGUUCGCUAUUGGCGGAUGGGACAAUUCUCAAUAUUUCCCAUCGACGGCUGCAGAUCCAGGAAAACGUGCCCAUUUCAUCAACUCAGUGGCAAACUUCAUUGAAUCUUAUGGAAUAGAUGGGGUUGAUGUGGAUUGGGAAUAUCCUGCGGAGAAAGGCGCUGAUAAAAAUAAUCAUGUAACUCUUAUCCGUGAGCUACGACAAAGACUCGAUCAAUUGGCAGCGUCUAAAAAUCGGAGAUCCAAAUACCUGAUUACAUUAGCGACUGCCGCAGGAGAAUGGAAUUUGAGAAAGGGAUACGAUUUGAAUGGUAUUCUACAGUACGCUGACUUUUUGAACAUCAUGACUUAUGACUACUACGGAGCUUGGGCAUCUAAAUGGGGUGCGUAUACUGGACCACCAUCUCCUUUGUAUUUCGGAUCGCUUAAAGGAUUUUCUGGAAAACUAAACGCUGACUUUACCAUGAAGUUCUAUUCCUGUAAGACCAAAAAACCUGGAAUGCUGAAUAUGGGUGUUAUGUUUUAUGGAAGAUUCUGGGAGAACGUUCUAGAACCGAUUAGAGGUGAAGACGGAAUGUGUAGGACUGCUCAGGAAGUGAACGGGAAAUUCGAAGGAGGCUAUGUUGGAUGGAGGAAUUUGGAGAAGCAGGGAUGGAAUAAGGGAGCAGCGACUUGGCACGACAAAACCAAAACCCUUUACAUUUUUAAUUCCGGUGCUCGUAAAUUCUUGGGCUUUGAAAACGAACGAAGUCUCAGAGAGAAAAUGAAUUAUGCAACUGGCAAGAAUCUUGGUGGAAUAAUGAUUUGGGCUCUGGACCUUGAUGAUGACGCCGACACCCUUCUGAACCUAGUCUCCUCAACCAAUAUCUGUGCCGGCUCUGGCAACGCCUACGUGUGCAAUCCAGUAGAUGACGUUCGUUGGUGGACACCCGAAAACUCGGAUGAAACCGUUCAAGGAAUGUGUGGAAAGUCCGCAAAGCUCAUCAACGGAUACUACCCGGUUUGUGCUCCUGACGAUCCAGGGUUCUCGUGCUGUGGCGCUGCAGGGUAUUGUGGAAAUGAGGAGGAAUAUUGUGGAUGUGAGACUUGCAUAGACUAUCGAAAGGAUCCUAUGUUGAUCGCGAAUGAGCCCGUAAAACCUAGUAGAGAAGUUCAAUGGUAUAUGAUGAAUGAUGUGGACGGAAAACGGGGAAGAUGUGGAAAAGACGCGCCACUGUUGAAUGGGAAGCUUGCCAUUUGCAAUCCUGACGAUAAUUCAAAGCAUUGUUGCUCGAACGGAGGAUAUUGUGGAACAGGAAAAGAGUACUGCGAGUGUGAUGGAUGUGCCGAUUAUAAGAAGCAAUAA